CUUCCGUCACCGGUAGAGGACACGAGCAAGAUGGCGGCGGGGCUGGUGCGAAGCGGGCUCGCAGGCUGCGGCCAGCAGGUAUCCCGGCUGUUGAGGAGGCGUUUCCACCGCUCGGCGCCCGCGGCGCUGCAGGUGACGGUUCGAGAUGCUCUGAAUCAGGCCAUGGAUGAAGAACUGGAGCGGGACGAGAAGGUCUUCCUGCUGGGAGAAGAAGUGGCUCAGUAUGACGGCGCCUACAAGGUCAGCAGGGGCCUGUGGAAGAAGUACGGAGACAAGAGAAUCAUCGACACGCCCAUAUCCGAGAUGGGCUUUGCCGGGAUUGCUGUAGGGGCAGCUAUGGCUGGAUUGAGGCCUAUUUGUGAAUUCAUGACCUUCAAUUUCUCUAUGCAAGCCAUUGACCAGGUUAUAAACUCAGCUGCCAAGACUUACUAUAUGUCCGGUGGGCUUCAGCCUGUCCCCAUUGUCUUCAGGGGACCUAAUGGUGCUUCAGCCGGUGUGGCUGCCCAGCACUCGCAGUGUUUUGCAGCUUGGUAUGGGCACUGUCCCGGAUUAAAAGUGGUCAGUCCUUGGAGUUCAGAGGAUUCAAAAGGACUUAUGAAGUCAGCAGUCCGGGAUGAUAAUCCAGUUGUGGUGCUGGAAAACGAACUGAUGUAUGGAGUUCCUUUUGAAUUUCCAGACGAAGCUCAGUCCAAAGAUUUCCUGAUUCCUAUUGGAAAAGCUAAAGUAGAACGGGAAGGAACCCACAUUACAUUGGUUUCCCACUCACGACCUGUUGGCCAUUGUCUGGAAGCUGCUGCUAUACUGUCUAAAGAGGGAGUGGAAUGUGAGGUGAUCAACCUGCGUACCAUUAGACCGAUGGACAUUGAGACCAUUGAGCUCAGCGUGAUGAAGACCAAUCAUCUGGUGACCGUCGAAGGAGGCUGGCCCCAGUUUGGGGUGGGAGCCGAGAUCUGUGCCAGGAUCAUGGAAGGUCCUGCAUUUAACUUCCUCGAUGCUCCUGCUGUCCGAGUCACCGGGGCUGAUGUUCCUAUGCCUUAUGCGAAGAUUCUGGAAGAAAACUGCAUCCCUCAAGUCAAGGACAUCAUCUUUGCAGCCAAGAAAACACUGAAUAUCUAAUUUGUACUUGACAUUGAAGUCCCUGGGAUUUCUUGCCUGUAAUUAUUGCUUCAGAGGUUAGGAUGUGCUGUUGGUUCACAGUAAUUGUAUUGGUAAUUGCACUGUCCCAAGGCCUCUGGGUACCAUUUUGUGUGGGAGAUAGCGUCAAAGCACUUGGGGUCAUCUCAGUUCUGAGACUUUCACCCUUUUGUGUCUGUUACAGUUAAGCUAUUUCUGCUCCAAAGAAAACGAUUCAAUAGAAUGUUUCUGCCUCCAUUACCAACAGGACGAUGCGUCAGGGGCUUUGAAGGAACCCUGGCCAAGGGUCUGCCUGACAGUUAACUUAUCUGUACAGAGGGAAGGUGUGAUCUGCCUCAGUUGAGUUCCGUUUUGAGGAGGAAUAAAUGCCUUCUGGUUCCAGUCA